AUGGAUAUCAAAGAGGAAGAGUCAAUGAAGAGGGUUUUGACUCACGGAGGUGGAUACGUGCAGUACAAUGUGUACGGUACCUUGUUCGAGGUCUCCUCCAAGUACCUCCCUCCCAUUCGCCCUAUCGGUAGAGGCGCUUAUGGCUUCGUCUGUUCUGCUGUUAAUUCAGAUACACAUGAGGAAGUUGCCAUCAAGAAGAUUGGUAACGCAUUUGAUAAUAUAAUUGAUGCUAAAAGGACUUUGAGGGAAAUUAAGCUCCUUCGCCACAUGGAUCAUGAAAAUAUCAUUGCCAUUAAGGAUAUCAUACGGCCUCCCAAAAAGGAUACUUUCAAUGAUGUAUACAUUGUUUAUGAAUUGAUGGACACUGAUCUUCAUCAUAUAAUUCGUUCUAAUCAAUCUCUUAACGAUGACCAUUGUCAGUACUUUUUAUACCAGCUGUUACGUGGGCUGAAAUAUGUGCAUUCAGCUAAUGUCUUGCACCGUGAUCUUAAGCCCAGUAAUUUACUUCUGAAUUCAAACUGUGACCUCAAAAUUGGGGACUUUGGUUUGGCAAGGACAACAUCUGAAACAGAUUUCAUGACAGAGUACGUUGUCACCCGAUGGUACCGAGCCCCAGAAUUGCUCCUUAAUUGUUCAGAGUACACCUCUGCAAUUGAUGUUUGGUCUGUUGGUUGCAUACUUGGUGAAAUUAAGACCAGAAAACCCUUGUUUCCUGGGAAAGAUUAUGUUCAUCAGCUAAGGCUUAUAACAGAGUUAAUAGGUUCACCUGACGAUGCAAGCCUUGGAUUUCUCCGAAGUGAAAAUGCCAGAAGAUAUGUUAGACAGCUUCCACAAUGCAGGAAGCAAAAAUUCUCGGCUAGAUUCCCUGAUAUGUCGCCUGAGGCUUUGGAUCUACUAGAAAAGAUGCUUAUCUUUGAUCCCAACAAACGCAUAACAGUUGAUGAGGCAUUAUGUCACCCAUAUCUUUCUUCACUUCACGACAUCAAUGAUGAGCCAGUUGGUCCCAGGCCUUUCAGUUUUGAUUUUGAGCAGCCAACAUUCAGUGCAGAGCACAUCAAAGAGCUCAUCUGGAUGGAAUCAGUGAACUUCAACCCAGAUCCACCCUGUCAGUAA